ACAUUUUGUUUUUAGUGCGCGAAAGCAAAUUGUGUGCGCGUCCUUCAAUUUUGUUAAAAUUUACGAAGAAAACUUGAUAAAAUCUUUGCUAAAACAUCGUGAAAUUGUUGUUCAGUGCCCGUGCCACAAAGUUAAAAGAAAAUGAGCAAACGUCGUCGCAACAGCUCGGCCCAGAGCCGGUAUGAGGACGGUGACGACAGCGACGAGAGCAGCAAUCCGGCCCAGUCCCCGGCGCCCUCGGUGACCGCCCGCAAGAAGAAGAAGCUCGAUCCGUCGGAGCUGUGCCAGCAGCUGUACGAGUCGAUCCGGAACUUUAAGAAGGAGGACGGAUCGACGCUGUGCGAUACGUUUAUUCGGGCGCCGAAACGGAGACAGGAACCGUCCUAUUACGAGGUGGUGGCCAAUCCGAUUGAUUUGUUGAAGGUGCAGCAAAAGCUGAAGACGGAGGCGUACGAGGACGUGGAGGAUUUGCGGGGGGACAUCGAAUUGAUCGUGAAGAAUGCGAAGGCGUUUUACAAGCCGGAUUCGGCCGAGUACGGGGACGCGUGCCAGCUGUUGGAGGUUUUUAACGCGAACAAGGCGAAGCUGGUGGAGCAGGAUGGUCAGGAAGGGGGGUCGACGGAGGUGAAGUCCGCGCGGAAGAUUACGAGGCAUCGCAAGUCGAUGGCGAUCGAUGACGAGGCGGAGGACGAUGGGUUCGAUCCGUACGAGGAGCUGUUCAACUCGGUGAUGACGGCGACGGACGAGAAUCGGGAGCUGCACCGGAUGUUUCAGCUGCUGCCGUCGAAGAAGCUGUAUCCGGAUUAUUACGACGUGAUUGAUCAUCCGAUCGAUUUGAAAUGCGUCGCGGUGAAGAUCCAGACGAACGCGUACGCCACGCUGAACGACAUGGAGAAGGAUUUGCUGCAGAUCGUGAAGAACGCUUGUACGUUUAACGAGCCGGGAUCGCAGAUCUACAAGGACGCGAAGACGCUGAAGCGGAUCUUUAUGGCGCGGAAGUUGGACAUUGAGGCGGGUCGGUCGCGGAAGAGUUCGAACCGGAAGGGGCGUGGAGCUAGUUUGAGUGCCAUGGUGGCGGCGUUGAAGGAGGAGGCGGAAAGCAGCGACGACGAUCUGGACGACUCGAUGGACACCGAAGGCGAGGGACCGCUGUGGCAGCUGUUUGACCAGCUGUACAACACCGCGAAUACAAAUGAUCCCAACGUCGUAGGGGCACCGCUCGGGGAGACGCUGUGGAAGUUGCCGGCGCGCCGUUUCCACCCAGAGUACUACAAUCUGAUCAAAAAGCCCAUCUCGAUGGGGCAGAUUCGGAACAAGCUGAAGAAGGGCCUGUACGCGAACGUAACCGACAUGAGUGCCGACCUGUACGUGAUGCUGGACAACGCGAAGAAGGCGAACGCCCCAAGCAGCAAGAUCUACAAGGACGCCGUCAAGAUGCAAAAACUGCUCAACCAGAAGCUGAUCGACGCCGGCGAUCUGGAGGAGAGCGACGACGAGGACGACACGGAUUCGUCCUCGCUGGCGGCGGCCACCCCCGCCAAGGGAGUCGCCAGCGGCCGCAAGAGCCGUGCCCGCUCGGUCAUCCCGAUGCAAUCGCCAACCCAAUCCGGCGGCUCCGGUGGCGCCACCAGCACUCCGAUGGUCAAGUCGCGUCCCUCGCCGUUGGCCACGCUCAAGAAGAAGCUCAUCUCGCUGCACGACUACCUGCUGGAGUACACGACCGGGGGACGCCAACCGAUGGCGCUGUUCGUGGAGAAACCCUCCAAGAAGUUGUACCCGGACUAUUACCAGAUCAUUCAGCACCCGAUCGAUAUGACCACCAUCGAAAGCAACAUCAAAUCGGACCGGUACGGAACGCUGGACGACGUCGUCGGGGACUACCGGUUGAUGUUCUCCAACUGCAGAAAGUACAACGAAGAGGGUUCGCAGAUCUACGACGACGCCAACAUCCUGGAGAAGGUGCUGAACGAAAAGCUCAAGGAAUUCUCCCACAUCAGCAAGCGUACCAACACACCGAAAAACACCAAAACCAAAACCAAGGGCAUGUCGCUGGAAGCCAAGCUCAAACACCUGUACGACACGAUCCGCGAGUAUCGCGAACCCAAAGCCAACCGCCAGCUGGCGUUCAUCUUUAUGAAGCUCCCCUCGAAGAACGAAUACCCCGAUUAUUACGACAUUAUCAAGAACCCCCUCGAUUUGGACCGGAUCGAGCAGAAGCUGCGCAAGAACGCGUACGACAGCGUGGACGAGCUGUCCGCGGACUUUAUGCUGAUGUUCGAGAACGCGUGCAAGUACAACGAGCCGGACUCGCAAAUCUACAAGGACGCACUGUGCCUGCAGCAGCUGAUCAUCCAGACGAAGCAGGCGCUGCGCAGCGACGAAACCGUGCCGGACGUGCAGCAGGCGGUGCAGGAGCUGCUGCUGUCGUUGUUCACCACGCUGUACAACUACCAGGACGAGGAGAACCGGUGCUACUCGGAUUCGCUGUUUGAGCUGCCGGAGCACGAUGAAACGCCCGAGGGGGCGAAGGUUCGUGGGAUUUCGUUGGAUCUGGUGAAGCGCCGGCUGGACAAGGGCCUGUACAAGCGGCUGGACAUGUUCCAGGAGGACAUCUUUGCGUGUAUGGAGCGGGCGCGGAAGUUGAGCCGGACGGACUCGCAGGUGUUUGAGGACUCGAUCGAGCUGCAGUCGUACUUUAUCAAGAAGCGGGACGAACUGUGCCGGAACGGGAACGUGCUGGACUCGCCGGCGCUCAGCUACAGUGCGAUGCACCUGAGCGCGGCCGUCGAGGCGCUCCGGCAGUCCAAGCUGCUCGAGGAGGAAGCCGACACGGACACGGAUGGGGUGCAACCGUCCCAGGGCGAAAGUAUGACCAUCGACCAGAAGGUGUUCUCCCCCGGGGACUUUGUCUACGUUGACCUUCCGGAUAACAAGAUUCCAGGCAUCAUGUACAUCGAACGGCUGUGGACCAACAGCGAGGGCGUCAAGAUGAUGUACGGCAACAUGGUUCUGCGGCCGUACGAGACGUACCAUCUGCAGACGCGCAAGUUCAUGGAGCAGGAGGUGUUCAAGAGUGACCAGCACCAGGCCGUUCCGCUGACGCAGGCCCAAAACAAGUGUUUCGUAAUGCACGUCAAGGACUACUUCAAAAUGCGCCCGGAGGGUUUCGCAGACAAGGACGUGUUUGUGUGCGAGUCACGGUACAGCGCUCGGGGCCGGUGCUUCAAGAAGAUCAAAACCUGGAACCUGGCCCGCGCCAACGAUCCCGUUAAACUGGUCCCGCGGGAGACCUCGCUCGAGAUGCGUCGCGUCAUGUCGGUGUUCAAGGAGCGCGUCGAGAAGCACAAGGAAGAACUGUCGGAACUGCAGAUGCAGGAAGCCCUGGUUGAGAAGGACAAACCGAACGUGGUGGUGUUUGUGAACGGCGCCGAAGAGGGCAACGUGUACUACGAACAGUACAACACCGUCUGCAGCGGGGUCGUCAAAACAGGAGACUUUGUGUACGUGGCCACCGAGGGUGGCAAGCAAUCCGUGGCGCAGAUUCAAUCCAUCUGGGAGACCAAGGACAACAAGUCCUUCUUCCGCGGCCCGUGGCUCCUAACUCCACCGGAAGUCCCCGGCACCAUCAGCAAGCUGUUCUACCGCCAGGAGAUGCUGCUCUCGACGGUGCAGGAAACCACGCCGACCGUGGCCAUCGUGGGACGGUGCGCCGUCCUCGAGCAUCACGAGUACAUUACACGCCGUCCCACGGAGAUUGCCGAGCCGGACGUGUUCCUGUGCGAGUCGAUCUACGACGAGAUGAAGAAGCAGAUUCGCAAGGUCGUGCCGGGGAAUCUGAAGCGCUUCAACCACACCCAGGCGGUCACGACCGACGAGAUAUUCUUCUUCCGGCGGCCGAUUAAUCCACCGAAGGUGUCCUGUGGGGAGAUCCUCGCCGGACAGGAGAAUCGGACACUCGGUCUGGGCGAUCUGGACUGCAAGGACGAGUUCGGCAUCAUCGACGACUCGAUCGAUGGGCCACCGUCGAUCGGUUCCGACAUGCUGAUGACGGCUUCGCCGAUUCCGUCGAACGCCCUCGCCACCCCCCAGACGGGCACGGGGAAAAAGGACAAAAAGGCGGGCAAAAAGCUCGUCACCGGGUACAUCCUGUACUCGAGCGAACACCGGAAGGGCAUCUGCGCCUCUAAUCCGGACUGCACCUUCGGCGAGGUGUCCCGCAUCGUGGGUAACGAGUGGCGAUCGCUGCCGGAUCACGAGAAGGCAGCGUGGGAGCAGCGAGCGUCUAAAAUCAACGAGGAGAACGCGGCCAAGCAUGCGGCCGAGUUUGGCGAAAGCAACUGCCCGAGCCCGGCGCCGGGCAAAUCGGACGGACCGUUGGUGCAGGAAAUUACGACGAAUCAUGUGUACGAGUGCAGCUGGGACAAGUGCGACUACCAGUUCGAGGACCCGUUCGACUGCAUGGAGCACUGCGUCACGGACGUCACCGGCUGCGUGUAUAAAACGUUCAUGAAAGCUGCUGAGCAGGAAUUUUCGUGCAUCUGGCGCGGGUGCGCCCGGCUGCGGCGCAGCAUGCCACCCUUCCCGCACAUGCAGCGGCUGGUGAAGCACGUCCGGGAGGUCCACCUGACGAAAACCCCGGCCAAGUUUGUCGCCCCGUCCGAUCGCAGCAAGAACUUUGUGUACGCCAAGCGGCAAUCGAUCUCGCAGGCGCACCCCUCGACGAUGAAGCAUAGGCCGUCGGCGGCGGGGUUGGGGCCUGCAGGAGGGUCGGCCUCGUCGUCACAGGUUCCGGUGGCCGCGGCAAGUCCGACCGUGGAAGGUGCGGCCGGGUCGGGGGGAGGUGGAACUGCUCAGGGCGGCGGCCAGUCGGUUGCGGGAGCCGGAUCAGCUGGAGCUAACAAUCAGUCAAGUAAUUUAAUACCUGCGCCGUAUUAUAAUUUCGUCCCGGCUCCACCAGCCGAACCGCUGUUCGUAACGGUGCCACCGCGGCCCCAGCGGGUGCUCCACUCCGAAGCGUACAUCCGGUACAUUGAGGGCCUCCAGGCGGGCGCCCAGUACACGACACCCUGGCCCAAAACCCUAACGGUGACGCGCGAAACCUUGCCCAACCAGGACCCGAACCGGCUGCCCGUCCACUGGCUCGGCAAGAAGGGCCGCGACAAGCCGGAAGCCGUCGUGGACGCGAUCUGGCAGCUGCGCGGUUUCCUCAUGAAGGACGUCAUCCAGUUCGAUCGGUUCUGAGUCCUGAUG